GUUCUUAGAGCAUCACACACACACCCCUCAAAUUCCCAACUCCUGGGGGCUCGGUGGGGUGCUCUGGGGGCGCUCGAGGGACUUCCGGCUGCGGCUGACACCUCCCCCGCCCCCACCGCCCGGAGAACCGGUCCGAGACCUCCCUCUCCUCCCGGACGUUCCCCGGUCUUGGCCGUACGUGCCGCUCCUGCUGCGCCAUGGCGUCCGCCUCGGCCCAGGCGGCGGCCCUGAGCGCCGAGCAGGCCAAGGUGGUCCUGGCCGAGGUGAUCCAGGCGUUCUCGGCCCCGGAGAACGCCGUGCGCAUGGACGAGGCCCGGGACAACGCGUGCAACGACAUGGGCAAGAUGCUGCAGUUCGUGCUGCCCGUGGCCACGCAGAUCCAGCAGGAGGUCAUCAAGGCCUACGGCUUCAGCUGCGACGGGGAAGGUGUCCUGAAGUUUGCCCGCUUGGUCAAGUCUUACGAAGCCCAGGAUCCUGAGAUUGCCAGCCUGUCGGGCAAGCUGAAGGCACUGUUCCUGCCGCCUAUGACACUGCCACCCCCCGGGCCUGCGUCAGGGGGCAGCGUUGCCGCCUCCUGAGAGCUGGCCUCCCCUGUUGACGGUGUCCCGGUGGAUAAUAAACAUGCCUGUGAUUUAU